AGCUAUUUCAUACUACUAUUCUGAUAUACUAAUUCCUUCAAAUUGCUCCUCCAAUGGUGCUUGGGCGGCUUUUGUGGCUGCUGCCAAUUUUCAGUCUAGCCCUUGGCGAGGAACUGCCAGCCGAUGACACAUGCAAGAGCUCCGAAGAGGGCGAUUGCAGUUUAGAAUUGAGACAACUACGGGCUCACAAAGUUGACAUGGCUCAAGAGGGUGAGACGGAGACAGAGCCGGUGUCCUUCGUAUUGCCCUGUACAGAGCCAUCCGCUUACGAGGGGAUUCAGCUUGCCGAAGUGGAUGAGCAAGAGGAUCGUGAGACCCAAGACGGCGAUGAUUGUUUCACUUCAGGCGUCUAUUGGCGAGAGAAGAACAGGGCAAUCACGAUGCCUGGCACCCAUAGAACCAAGAAGUCUUCGCCUGAAAAAUGUCAGGCUUUGUGUGCCAAGACCACAGGUUGUGGGCAUUUCUCUUUUUGGAGUGAUGGCGGUUGUCUUCUGACCUCGAGUAGUGCAUAUGCUGUGAAGCACAGUGGAGUUCUUUCAGGUGGUCCUAGCUGUGGUGGUGCAAGCGCAGACACCUAUGAGGCACCAGCCUACCAGGGACCGAGUGUCUUGAAGGUUGGUCGUCGAGGUGGCAUGGACCCCCCCAAAACCGUGCAGCAGUACAAUGGUGUUGAAUGGCCUGCCAUGAAGAUCACCGAGGACAAGGAGCAUCACAUCUAUGCCAUUGGUGACUGGGGUUCCCUCGUGGGAACUAAUCCCGGGAGUAUGAUUCAGUAUCGAGGAGGUCACACAGGAGGGCCACACACCAUGGCGAGAUGGCGUGGCUCCUGUGACACAGACACGAUGAUGGGCUGCUUUGGUGGUCAGGACUGCCCCAAAAGCUGCCACUACUCGCCGGAAAUCGACUACAGAGCACAGGUCAAGGUUGCCGAUGCCAUCAAGAAGCGAGCACCAGACACAAAGCCCGACCUCUUUAUCAAUGUGGGCGACAACUUCUACUGGGGUGGCGUGAACACAGACUGCGGAACUCCCAUGAACAAGAUCCACCCAGUCACCGCGCAUCAGUUCACUGAGAUCUUUGAGCGCGUGUAUUUCGGCCCAGGACUCUUUGGCAACACAUGCGAUUCAACACCGCCUGAAACACCCGUUACAGUUACCGGUAAAAGGUUCAUCGGUAGUAAGAAUGCUCCUAGUAGCGAUGCCAGGAGCCCCUAG